GUACUUCUAGGAGGUUGUAGAGAAUUUGACGGGCUAUCAGAAUCUCUAUUUACUUUGUCAAAACGAAUAAUUUAUAGUGAUAACAUAUGGAAAAUACCGAGUCUAGUUAUUUUUGGCCAGAGGGAUAUAUGGCACCAUCAGAGAAAAGCAGCUUUUUUCAUCGAAAUUGUAGCUAUAUUUGCAGAUUUUACAUAAUUAGAAUCUACAGGCUUCAGACUUUUUAUUACUGGAAAAAUAUUUUGCUUUGACUUAGAAGUGUACACGAAAAAAAUAACUUUUCAAAAAUAAAUCGGCCUUUAGAAACACUUCUAGCAUGUAAUGAAAAAAACGCAAGAAAUUUCGCAGGUCCAAUUUAACGAAAAACUAUACUGAAAUGUUUCUGGUCAUGAUUUAUGCUGAAUGUGGUUUUAUGUUGUUUUUCUCCUGAUCUCAGACAUAGGAUCUCCAAAAACUCCGUUGGUUUUUUAGGUAAAAUCUGACUGUCGCACUUCAGAAGCAUUUUUAUUGAACACUAAUGUAAUAUUUGGAAUCAGCGCAUAAAACUGCAUCGAAUGAUGUACAAUUUGUUAGUUUUACAACAAAAAGUCAGGGUAAGGGUUCCCUUCAGGGGUUUUUCAUCGGCAAAAACUUUUUUUCGAAUUUGACUUUUCUUAAUAUUUGACACAUAAUAAGACAAUAUCAUGCGAAAAUAAUCAUCUUCUAACUCAAAAGAAAAACAGAUGUCCACCUGCUCUAUGGAAAAGUGCCCACUAUGACAGGCGCAGAAUACAUCGAAUUAUUUAUAUAGCAAAGUUUGCUGAACUAACGGAUCAGCUCCCGUACAGCUAUAAAACUUCUACUUUUUGGUUUAAUGAAAAAACUGAACUUUUCAGCUGCCUCGUUGCACAAAUUUUAUAACUGUACGAGAGCUGAUCCGUCAGUCCAGCAAAUUUUGCUAUAUAAAUAAUUCAAUAUGUUCUGCAAUCUGACAGUAUUAGCAUGUGUUCUAUUGAAAGCUCAUGAUGUCCUUCUACUGGAGCGGCUUCUGGGGUUUCAUCCAAGAAGGGUCUAUAAAAAUAAGAGAACAUCAGAUUUAUGAUCAGCAUCAGCAUAAUAAAGUAUGAUUCGAGGAAAAAGUGAUCGACAACUUGGCUGGGAUAGUCAGAGAUAAUCGGAUAUUGUAAUUUUCUUCAUAAAACUUUUUCAACUUAACGAGAAAGUCCAAUGCGCGUAGUUCAAUAUGAAGAGUUAUCUCGUCACAAACUCGGUGUGAUUAAUGAAAAAAAAAUGUGAACAUUGUCAAAUUAUCUGCGAAAAAUCAUAAGAUUGCUCUAGAAAUUCUACUUCAAAUUGUCUAUUUCGCGUUAGACUCGAGGCAAGCAUGCAUUAAUAUCUAUGCACAAAAUUAAGCAAGGAUAGGUGCCCUUAAUAGACUUUUGUUCUUCUAGGGAACAGAUGAUCCAAAAUGGAGUGACAUUGUAACAGCCAGGGUUGAAAACACAAAUCCACAUUAUCAUCCACUAAAUCAUCAAGUUGAAGUGUUUUCAGAUAAACCGUUUUGGACAAACGAUUCAAAACUAAAAGAUUAUGUUUGGGAAAAUUUUGAUUAUAAACGUCAUCCUCCACGACAACAAGAAGAUAUUCCAUUAAUUCUAACCGAAGAUAUUAACGAAAAGUCACCACCUGAUCGUCCAAAAUGGAAUACGGUAUCUAAAACACGUUCUGUGAAUACCGUUUAUAAUCCAAAAGUUCCACCAGCUAACAUACAAGAACGAACAAGUGUUGAUUAUUUAUCAUCAAGACGUUCAAGCAAAGUAUUACCACCACCUCAUACCCAUCGCAAACGAAUAUUUCCAGAAUUUGACAUUCCAUUAGAAACACCAAGAUCUCGACGACCUAUACACGAAGAAUGGUUGGAACAACAAAAUAAAUCCAGAUUAACAACAAGAACAGACAUGCGUCCAAUAACAAAUGAAUCUUAUCGUGAAUUUAAUGGUUCAAUGAAAUCUAAUACUCCACGAGAGUUAUACACGAUGCGUUCAUCAUCACGAAAUAGUCAAACGAAUCUUAGCGUCAUAAGUGGUACAUUGUUAGAUUCAAGUGUACACACAAAUAGAGCUACUGAACUGAGAUUAUCAAGAGAUAUGGAUGAAGCUCACUGCCACUUACAUACGCCACAUGAAUCGAUGCCUAUAGAAAUUCGAGGCUUCAAGCUUGAGGGUACACGAUUAACCGUACCGGAUGACGCUACAAUUCGUCCAUUAUCAAAUGUUAGUUAUCGAGGUUCUGAACGUGUUAAAAGUCGUCGAAUUUAUCCAUGGAAUCAUAUGAAUCCACCUACAAGUAGUAGAAAUAGUUCUCUAGUGCCAAUAGCUGAAUUUCAAAGACCAUCGUUAGAUAUGACUAAUGACUCACGUCGUGAAGAAAAUAUUAUACGAGAAGAUGUUUGA